UUUAUGGGUCGGAAAACCAACCUCAUUUGUAAUGAAAUUCCUCUUUAUCGAUGCAAAGAUCGCACUCCCUACAUGGGGAAGCUAGAUGUUGGGUUCGUGUUGCUUUAUAUUUGGCAGGUGUACAGAAAACCGGGCCACAGGGAAUCAAGCCUUCGUACUUCUUGCCACAUGGCUUGUGAAUGUCAAUUUGUAUAAAGCACAUGUUGCGAUGAGACAGGAAAUAACAAUUGAGAGCUGAUGGAAGUAGCACAGGGUGAUC